CGACGCGUACAUCGUAACGCAACGUCAGUCACGGACGCCGUACCCCAAAAAACCAAACCAAAAUAAAAAAAAAACGCACUGUGUGUAUUAUCAGUCCCCAGUAUCAGUGUUCUCGCUAUUACUUCGCUGUGUGUUCUACUAUUUCUGGUGCUGCGACAGCCCAAAAAAUUUACAGUUGGCUUCGGCUCAGCUUCGUGUGUUCGUUGUAAUCGUGAUGCUGAGCAGCAGCAGCCGCUGCAGCCGUGUGUGUGUGUGCGUUUUGUGUGCCGCCGUUUGACGGUUUUGUGAUUUGAAUUUCGAAAAAUCCAACAAAAAUAUUAAUCAAAGAUGCUGCCGAUCGGAAAAGCGCAACAAAAGGGCAAACGAAUAACCGAAUAAUCGAAUAACCGUCUAACCGAAAUAACCAAAUGAAACGCAUUUGUUGAUAAAUGAACUCAGAUUAAAACGAGACAAAAAUCGUUCACAAAUUUGUUUUGCAUCGCCCCAUCUCGCUCACACUGCUUCUGAGCUUGAGCUUCAUUUCGUGCUUUGUGCGUGCUUCUAUCAGCUUGUAUGUGUGAGCUAGUGUCUGUGUGAGUGAGUGUGUAUGAGCUUGUGUAUUUUGUAUAUGAUUGUGUGCCUAACAAUUAAUUAGCAUUUAAAUCGCUCAUUUAUCAGUUUCGGCCCAAUCAAAAGCCAAACAGAAAAAACCCGAAAACAGAACAAAAUUUUCUUCAAUCCACUACAAGGAAAAUUCAGAACAAAAAGAAGUUCCAGAUUUCACGUGUUUUUUUCGUUCGUUGAUGCCAGUGAACAAAAUGUUUGCCUGCUUCCAUUUCGUUGCCGUGCUGCUCAUCGUUGGCACAUUGAAAGAUUUCACAACCGGACUGCGUCUGGUCGAGGUGCGCAUACCAAAUUAUGUGAUUAAGGGCGCCUCGGCGCAGCUGGAAUGCCUCUACGAUCUGGAUGGCGAGGCUCUGUAUUCGGUCAAAUGGUACAAGGAUGGCAAUGAGUUUUAUCGCUAUGUGCCCAGGGAUAAUCCGCCGGCGCAAACCUUUCGUCUGCCAGGUGUUGCCGUUGAUUUACACAACUCGAGCGAUGCGAUUGUUAACCUCCACAACGUCAAUCUACAGUCGGCUGGCCGCUUCCGAUGCGAAGUAUCCGGCGAGGCGCCAUCCUUUCAAACGGUCACAGAACAUGGCGACAUGGUUGUAGUAUCCCUACCGGAUCAGGGACCACCGAAAAUAAGCGGAGGACGUCCGCGUUACCAGAUUGGCGACUGGGUGCGCAUCAACUGCACAGCCGGACGCUCGAAGCCCGCUGUCAAUCUGUCGUGGUUCAUCAAUAGCGAACCGGCCGAGCCCCAAAAGCUACGCAAAUACGACACCAUCGUCUCGGGACGCGAGGGACUCGAGACCUCGGUGUUGGGACUGCAAUUUCGGGUGGAGCAACAGCAUUUUCGCAACGGUGACAUGAAGUUAAAGUGUGUGGCCUCGUUGUCGACGUUCUACUGGCGGAGCAACGAGGAGUCCGUCGAGGGCGAUCGACCUCAGAAAGCGCCGGUCCUCGAGUCGCGCGAAAGUGACAGCGCCUUUGCGAGCAAUUCGCGCGCCGAUCCGGUGCAAGGUAUGUCAUACCGGGAAUUAUUUGUAACACAAUUCUUAUCGCUUUUCCUUCAACCUUCAAAUGCAGCCAGCAAUACGGAAAUGGCCCGUGCACCGAGUGCGCUGCUGUUGCUAGCGCUGGCCACCGCUGCCACCUUGGCUGGCGUCACCUCAGUCACCUCAGCUUGUUGUUGCACCUCGAGCAGCACCUCAAGCAGUUGGCAGCGACCAGCGACACGGCACAGCAGCAAGGCCAGAUCGAUACGCGAUCGAUCUAAAGUUCAUGAUAAGGUUGAGGAGAAACAGAAACAAACUCUAGAUAAGAAAGGGAAGCCAGUUGUUAUCGUUACCGUUACCGUUGUUGAACUGCUCAGCGCAGCUCGGCAAAAGUUGAAGCGAUUCGUUCGAUGCUCGUUGCUCAAUGUGGCGAGGCAGCAACAAGUCGUGUUGUCUGCGCGGUAGCUGCAUUAAGUCAGCCUCGACUCUCUGCUCAUGCCCGCCCAUGCAUUUCUCAGCCCCGCCCACACACAAAUUUCCACUGAAUUUUCCGUCUUCGCUUCGCAAAAAAAAAAACAGAAAAAAGAUUGCAAAAAAACACGAAUUGGCAAAUCAACAAAAAAAUCAAAAACACAAAAAUAUAAAUUGAAAAUUGAAGAGAAACCGAUAAUUUAUUUAUGUCGUUAACAAAAGCUUUCUUGAAUUUAAUUUGUAUAAACAAAAAACGUAAUAAUAUGCAUAUAAUUAUUUACAUUUAAACAAAAGCGAAUCGCAACCAAAAAAAAGAAAACUGUUUUUAGCUGAUACAAAAAUAAAACAAAAAAAAGAAACGAAAACAAAAUUGUUAAGCGUAUUAAAUGAAGAAAACUGUAAAUAGUUAAUACUUAAUGUAUGUAUUGUAUGUUAUUAAUUUAUAAGUAUUUAGCGGCGCUGCACUAACUAAAAUGUAAAACAAAAACAAAAGCAAAACAAUGAAUAUAUGAAAUUAAAUCUGAAUAACUGAAUAACAAAAGAUGAAGCUCAACACAAAAAUCAAACAAUUUCAAUGUAGUGCAUUGCAAAUUAAACAAACAAAAAAAAGAAAAGAGUUUGAAGAAAUACACACACACACGUAAAAAUAUAUAUAUAUUUAUUAAAAUCUAGAAAAGUAAUUGUAAGCAUUCUCUAGCUAAAUAAUAAUAUUAAAUAUUAAGCAUAGACAUUUCAAUGGAAUAUUAAAUACGAGUAACGAGUGAAUGAAAAAAGAAAAACACAUUUUAUUGUAUAAUGUAAUAUUCAUUAUUGAUUCAAGCACAUUUCGCAUUAAUUAUUUAGACUAUAAAUUCGUUUUCGAAAAUGUAAACUGUAAAAUCUCUCGAUAUUUGAUUUAUUUACCAUAAUAUUAAGAGUAAAAUACUUAACAAAAAAUAAUAAUCAUGAAUAUGGGAGAGAAGCAAGCACACGAUUUAUAUUAAAAAAAAAACAAAAACACAAAAUGAUGAUGAUGAAACUCGAAUGAAAUCUAAUCAAAUGUAGCAUCUUAAA